AUGGCGGUGAACAGCAGUGCUGGCAUUCUGAGCUCUGCUUACCUUGCUGUCGAGUAUGUGGACUCAGUAUUGCCAGACAAUCCACUGCAGCAGUCCUUUAAGCAUAUGUGGAACUACAUGCUCAACAAUUACACUAAGUUUCAGAUCGCAACUUGGGGUUCUCUAAUAGUCCAUGAACUCAUCUACUUUUUGUUCUGCUUGCCUGGAUUCAUUUUCCAGUUUAUUCCUUACAUGCAGAAGUAUAAAAUACAGCCGGACAAACCAGAAACUUGGGAAAAACAGUGGAAGUGCUUCAAAAUGUUGCUAUUCAACCAUUUCUGCAUUCAGCUGCCUAUGAUAUGUGGCACUUACCACUUUACUGAGUUCUUCAGCAUUCCUUAUGACUGGGAUACAAUGCCUCGAUGGCCUUACAUUUUAGCUCAGUGCUUUGGCUGUGCAGUAAUUGAAGAUGCAUGGCAUUACUUCUUGCACAGACUUCUUCACCAUAAAAGAAUAUAUAAAUAUAUCCAUAAAGUUCAUCAUGAGUUCACAUCACCAUUUGGAAUGCAAGCAGAAUAUGCACAUCCUUUAGAAACGAUUAUUCUGGGUGCUGGUUUCUUCAUUGGUAUUAUGGUAUUUUGUAAUCACAUGAUUCUUCUCUGGGCUUGGGUAUGUGUUCGUCUUCUGGAAACAAUUGAUGUACACAGUGGCUAUGAUAUCCCCAUGAAUCCACUGCAUCUUGUGCCUUUCUAUGCUGGGGCCCGCUUCCAUGAUUUUCACCACAUGAAUUUUGUUGGGAACUACUCUUCUAGCUUUACUUGGUGGGAUAAAAUCUUCAGCACAGAUUCUCAGUACAAGUCCUAUCAAGAAAAAUGUGAACAGAAGAAGAUGGAGUGAGCAUUCUUUAAGACUUUGUAAGUUUUAAUACUUGUCUAAUGCAUUUUAAAUGCACAUGCAACUCUUGAUGAUGCACUGAUUGCUCACCGAGUGGAAGGAAAUAUAAGAAGAAGAAAAUCGAACGUUUAUAGAAUCCUGCUUUGGCUUUUAAGAAGCAUCAUACAGUACUUACUGUAAGUGGCUGGACAAAAUUCCAUCUUUCUUCAUGCUACAUUAUAAAUAGCCUGCAAGACAACCUCAAAAGCACUGAUUCUGAGUUUUGCAUUGAGCCCUGAAAGGAAAAGAAGCUGUUCUUUUGUGCUUUUUAAUAGAUAAGCUUUAUUUAAUAAUAGUCAGAGUUUCAUGUGUCACCAUAAUGUUUCACAGUAUUUGCAUUCUGUUGGAGUGGUUUACCAUGAAGACAUUUUCUAGUUUCCCUGAGAUAACAAAUGAACUUCUAGCUUAGUGUGAGCUGCAACACUUCAUACUGCAGAUGAUAAGUCUUUAAUACAACACAAAUAUUAUACUGAAUAGGUUGGAAAUAAUUCACAUUUACACUUUUCAACUUUGUCCCCUAGUGUUACUCCUAUGUAUUUGGUCACUCAGCCUCUUAGUACGAGUGGCAAAGCACAGACUGCAGAUUUGUUAUUUAUAUUUCAUUUGGUUAUUACAAACCAAGGAAACAAUGACGGAACCUUCUUCAGGGUAUCAAAAUAAUGUGAAUUCCUUACUCUUUAAAGGUGAAGUAAAAUAAGGGCCGAAAAUAAAUGUUCACCUCACCUCUUUUUAAGGUAGAUCAAAAGGCUGUUGUCAUACUGUCAGGUUUUUUAAACCAAUAAAUUUGAGAAACACUUUAACCAUUAUCCAUGCCAAAGUCAAACUUUAUUUUCUGCGUUAGCAAAAUACAAGAUUUAAGUGCUCAGCAUGCCACAGAGGGAAUAAAUUUCAUUAAUCAGAAGGGUGCCUUUUAUAAAAACAAUAUAUUAUCAUUGUAAUAUGUUAUUAUUUGCAAGUCUAGAGAUGAUUAAGACAUUCUGCAGUUUUAAUGGUUUUGCAGCAGAGUUGGCAAAAUGAAGUACCUUUCUGUGUUGACACAUAGAAGAGGGCUGACAGACAACACCCUGAUGAUAUGAACGUCGAAGGCCAAAUGCUGUGAUGUGCAAGGGAGUGGUUUCCCUUUUCACUGCUGGUUUCUGCCUUACACCCAGUGUUGCUAUGAAUGGGCUGAGGCCAUUUUGCAAUCCUGUAAUGGAACACAUGGGUUUAGAUCCAUGCCUCUGUCAUUGUUAUAUGUGGAGCCUUGGACAUCCCUGAUUAUUUAAAUGUUGACUUAUGCAAACUUAUUAAAAAAAAAAAAAUACCAUUCAUGUUUGACUUUCAUAUGAACGUCUGUAGUGUUUACAUGUAGGGUCUUGUUUUGUUUUAAAUGGCAAUAUGGUGGUGAGAUGAUUAAUGCUGCUGCCUCACAGCAUAAGAGUUCUAGAUUCGGUCCUCAAUUCAGGCACUGUCUUUCUUCACUUUGCACUUUCCCCCCCAGUGCCUGCAUUAACUUUUUUCAGGGGACUUCUAAAUAUUUGCAUUAGAUUAGUAGACCACUCUAAAUAAGACGUCUGUGUGAAUAUUUGUUUGUUGGUGGGCUAUGCACCAUCAUCUGUGGUCCUCUGCUGAAUUAAGUGAACCUGAUAAUGUAUGGAAGGUGUUUUUGUUUUAUAAAAACCUAA